UGUAGCUACGGUGUUAUAAACAAUGGCGACUGAGGCGACAUUCACAUAAAAUUAACCUAUAAUGUAAGUAUUCAUAUUUGCGAACUAGUUCGCUCUGUAACCUUCCCUGUUGUUUCUGUUUUGGUGGGCUAUUUGAUAUUUCCGCAAGCAGGCAUAACCGGAAGUGAUGUAAAGAAAAAGCGACCAAUCACAGCUUCGUGGUGCGCGUGGCCGUUCAGGCGGUGCAGUACGUGUAUCCAUUGCGUGUUGCUGUAAUGCAGUACAAGCACGGUAGUUCAACAUAGGCAAGUUAUACGUGGUAUCGUUCACUUUUCAUUGUGGCCCUAUAAAUGUUCAUGUUUAUUCUUAUAAUUAAAAACGAGAUGCUCACAGCAUUUUGUACACCGUUGAUAUACAUACAGUAUUAUUUAGUUGUACUACCAGUCUUACUACUAGUAGUAUAAAAACUAGUAUCGUACAUAUGGCAUAUAGAUGAUGCUAUUGUAAUUACAUGCAGACUAACACCUAACUCCAUUUGUGUCGGGUGUGUCUUUAUAUCUGAAAAGUUGACAGUUUUACUUCGGUACUAAGAGGUAGCAAUUUGUGGGUUUCGCCAUCGGAGCUCUGGCUGCAAAUGAACAUAAUUGCUAACACCUGGAAGGCCCCGCCCACACUGCUCAGAUGGCAUUGAGAUUUUCCCAGAUGGGGUCUGGAAAGCAGCAGGACUUUUCAGACGCCCACCUGCCGAGCAACGCCAGCCCCUUAAGUCAAAUCUUUCAUCAAAGCAUUUCUUCGUCAGACUACCGUUACCAAGCCGACUCCCUUCGAGAACAGCUGAAAGAGAUGGAUGAGCAUGUGGUCAGACUUCAGGACAUGCUCAAGUGCGAACGCAACAAAACCGCCCAUUUGCAGCUGAGGUGGAAUCAGCAGGAAGCGGAGCUCAAACGCAGAGAGCAGCAGAGCCACAGGAUGAAGGAGCGGCUGACUGACAGACACAAGGAGAGAGGCCACUCCAUUGAGGUGUUAAACUUUCCACUGGGGGGCGGAGGCAAGAGGGCGAAGCCAGUCAAGUCGUCCUGGUCUACAGCCAAGCAGGAGGAAGCAGCACUGCGUCUGAUGCUGGACCGCAGAGAAGCAGAGCUGCGGGAGGCCAUGAAGCUGCGGCACAGCAUCACCACCUUACUUCACGCCCUCAGAGUGGACAUGGAGCAGACAUUGUCAAACUUUCAGGAUGCUGAGGGUGAAUUCCCAAAUGAUGACAAAAGCUUAACUCAAGCUGAAGCGGCACUCGGUGAUCACGUGACCGGCGGUGUGGUUGAAAGGUGGAAGCGGGUGCAGAGGAAGCUGGCUGACCUGCGAAGCGAGGGCCACACGGAUGUUGGGACUGACCACGACAAACUCCUGUCUCAGCUGCAUGCGGAACUGAAAGAGAGCCAAGACCUUGUCAGACUACAACAGCAAAUGCUGCAGGACAAUCUUAUGUCUCACCUUCCCUCUGAGUUGGCCGACUCUUACUACGUAGAGGAGUGGGAGCGUCUCAAAGUGCGCCGGGCGGAGCUCGAACAUCAGAAGCGGACUUUCGAGAGGGAGAGGCAGUCCUUCACAGAUGCCGCCAUACGCUUAAGUCGUGAACGUCUUGACUUUGAGCAACAGAAGGGGUCUUUCUUGAAGCAGCUCUACUUAUGUGGCACUUGGGAAGUACAUGGAAACAAACAUGAUGGCACGCUUCACAGUUUGGGGAGUCCCGGCUUAUCCGGAUGUGUGCCCAUUUCUCCAUCUUCUACCAAGUCCAGCCCUGAGGGCUGCCAUCUUGUUUCAGGCCUCCAUCGUAGAAGACUUGCAACAGCCAGCACCCCUCAGCUCUACGCUGCCCUCGGGCUGUCACGCCCAUGCAGUGCCCAAGAUGGAGAAAAGCAAUCGGAGGGAUGUGAAGAUGGGAUGGCAACGAUGAACGCAAGUCAAGCUACACUUCUGGACUGCUCAUUUUAAAGGCUGAUUUUAUAUAUUCAUAAUAAAAUGUUACUUUCACU